CUGUGCCCUGGAAGCGGAACCGCGGCAGCGGUGACUUCCUGCCUCGGGAGGAAGGAGCGGUGGUUGAAGUUGCGCGUCGGGGUCUGCGCUGGCCCGAGGCACCGGCGGCGGCCGCCCGGGAGGAUGCGGCGGGCAGAGAUGAAGCCUGGGAAAUCAUCACACCUAAAGGAUUUACUUGGAGUAAAAGAUCACUGACUUCUACAAUGGAAAAAUCAUGGAUGCUUUGGACCUUUGUUAAAAGAUGGCUACUAGCUUUGGCUUCCUGGUCUUGGAGUCUCUGCCGUAUUUGUCUUUUGCCCUUGAUAGUGACUUUUCACUUGUACGGAGGCAUUAUACUCCUUAUAUUAAUAUUUGUAUCAAUAGCAGGUAUAUUAUAUAAGUUCCAGGAUGUUCUGCUUUACUUUCCUGAGCAGCCCUCUUCAUCACGCCUUUAUGUUCCUAUGCCUACUGGUAUACCACAUGAAAACAUCUUCAUCAAAACCAAAGAUGGAGUUCUUCUCAAUCUUAUUCUGCUGAGAUACACAGGGGACAAUGCAGCAUAUUCUCCAACCAUCAUUUACUUUCACGGGAACGCAGGCAACAUUGGCCACAGGUUGCCAAAUGCUUUGUUAAUGCUGGUAAACCUGAAAGUAAACUUAAUUCUGGUCGAUUAUAGAGGGUAUGGCAAAAGCGAAGGAGAAGCAAGCGAAGAAGGCUUGUACUUAGAUUCUGAGGCUGUCUUAGACUAUGUGAUGACUCGGUCUGAUCUUGAUAAAACAAAAAUUUUUCUUUUUGGCCGUUCCUUGGGGGGAGCAGUAGCUAUUCACUUAGCUUCUGAAAAUUCCCAUAGGAUUUCUGCCAUCGUGGUGGAGAACACCUUUCUUAGCAUCCCAUACAUGGCCAGCACUUUGUUCUCUUUCUUUCCGAUGAGGUAUCUUCCGCUGUGGUGCUACAAAAAUAAAUUUCUAUCCUACAGAAAAAUCUCUCAGUGCAGAAUGCCUUCUCUCUUCAUCUCUGGGUUGUCUGACCAGUUAAUUCCACCAGUUAUGAUGAAGCAACUUUACGAAUUAUCCCCAGCUCGGACUAAGAGAUUGGCGAUAUUUCCUGAUGGAACUCACAAUGACACUUGGCAGUGCCAGGGUUAUUUCACUGCACUUGAACAGUUCAUCAAAGAAGUAAUAAAGAGUCACUCCCCUGAAGAAAUGGCGAAAACAUCAUCUAACGUAACAAUAAUAUAAUUGAUAUUCUUCUUUGGGGUGGAGUGGGGCAAGUACCUGCACUGUACCUUGAUUUGUGAUAAGUGGUAAGAGAAUGUCUGUUUUUAAAUGUAUGUCAUGUCUGUACUUGCCUAAAGAGUGAAAUUAAACUUGGAAAGGUCUGAUAUUUUA